CUCUACGAAUUGAACUUCAAUUUCAGGCCAUGUCGGCAAAGUCCGGCGAACCCACUGCUAUCGCCGGCGGCGAUGGUGAAGCCACGGGGAACUCAGAAGGAGGAACCACCGUGGCUCUGCAGAAGAAACGGCUGAGAAGGGUGAGCUUUGCGGAAAAUACCUCAGUGCGAUUCUUUGACCGCGAUGACGACGAAAAUGAGACGCCGGAGGCACUGGAAGAAUCGGCUAGCAAGGUUGGUAAUAAUAAUGAUAGUGAAGAGAUAAUUGAGCUCCUAGGGUUCCGUCAACUGGUGAAAUCAAAAGGCGGCGGUGAAGAAGAUAGAGAAGAUGGAGACCGGCAGAGUGAUGAUGAGGAGCGUGUUGAUAUGCGUAGGUCGUUUUUGAGGCCGGUUGAAUCGCCUUCUUCAGAAAGUGGUUUUGGUUCGGCCACCUCCAAUGACGAAGAUAAUUUUUUUGGUCCUGUUUCCGCCAGUUUUAUAAGGCCUGACCGUUUAUCAGACUCUGGAGCUUCAGAUCUCAAUCAUGAUGUUACCAUGGAUUCAACUGCAUUCUCCAUGCAUUUCCGGAGCUUGGCUAGGUCAGAUUCAGGAAUUGACUUAAAGACACCCACAGAAUCUCACUUAUCCUUUGAGGAGAAGACACCAACGCAGACUAACAUAGGAAGUUCAAUGGAAAUUACAGUGCCCAAAAAGUUAAUUUCCCUGUCUUCCUCGCCUAUUGUGAAUGAAGGUGGUGGUAGUAGCAGUUCAAGUGAUAUGAGUCUUGUUGGCGGGAGCCCUGCUAGCUACGAUUAUGGGAGACUUUCACCUGCAUUGGAUGCUCUUUUGGGAGAAGGAAGCAAGAAUUUGAAUAUGAUUUCUGACUCUGACAUUGAUGUUGUUUCAGGGUCACGUGGUAACUAUGGAAGUAAGUUUUUCCCAGAAAGAGAGAAUGGGGAUAUCUUUGUGGAUGUAACUAAGAAUGGAAAGGCGGUUUCUAAAGGAGCAGGUGAAGCAAAUAGUAGGUUACCAAUCUCUCCUGUUGCUCAUGCAACACCAGCUUCGGAUAUUUUGAUUGAUAAAACAAAAUUUUCCCCAAACAAGUUAAUUAAAGAGAGAACUUUUCGACCAGUAAUGGAUGAUAAACUUGGUCAAGCAGAUGGGCAUAUUCAAAAUGAAUCUCCUUUGGUUGAUUUCAUAUCUUCGCCUGCCAAACGAAGAGAAGCACUUACAAGUUGUGCUUCACCACUCAAAAGUAUGUCAGCACUGACUCCUCAAGAAGAAAGAAGUUCUUUUCGAGGUACUGAAAUCAUAAAACAAGAUAGUACAUCAUCCAUCCAGAAAAGCAUUUCCAAGCUAAGAUUACUUGAAGCUUCUCCCUUCGCUUUUCUUGGAGCUGAAAAACGAAAUAUUAAGCCACAUAAUAUUACAGAUUCUUAUCCUUUCAACAUCCUUUCAGAGAAAGAGAUGAAUAAUUUUCAGAUGAAGGAAUUGUCUGCAUCUUCCACAGACACUGAGAGCCAACUCUUAAGGGAUUCUCUUGGGGAAGGGGCACAAGUAAGUAAUUUUAACAUAAAAAAUAAUCAAAUCGAGGAUUCAGGUGGAGGAAAUAUGCCUCAAACUGAAGAAGUUAAUGUAGUUGCUAUUUCACCCUCUCAGCUAAUUUGUCCUGGAAAGGAGAUGGAGCAUGAUUUAUUCAGGUCAAAAGAUCCAAAUGAUGAUGUACUUGUAACCGCUGGAAUUGAUUCUUCUUCAGCUGAGACCACUCUUGAUUAUAUUCGAGCGAAGAAUUUAACUGGUACACCUCAAAUAUCUGUUCCUUGUCCAGAUAAAGGGGUACAAAAGAAGUUGACAGCGUCGCCAGAACUUCUGAAGCUAUCUAAAGAUUUAGUGCUGCAUGAUCGAUUUGUCAAACUUAAAAACUUUUCCCCAGGUCGAAACUUAUCUCUACAAGGAAGUGCUCUUGAUGAAAAUCUUUUUACUGAACCUCUUGGCAGAUCAGGUUAUUUCUCGAUUGGGAGGGAAGUUCAUCCUAGCUCACCUGCUUCUGCAGUCUGCAUUUCCAAUCUAAUUGAAGUUAACUCAACAGUUGCCAAAAAUGGUAAUGAUGAUGAUGGGAAUGUAGGUACUGGAGUGACCGAAAGAUCCCAGUUUCUUCAUAAUAGGGAACUGGAUGGAAAUCUCCAAUUUGGCAUUGGUCUCUCCAGGUCUUCAAGUGAGCUACAUGGGGGUGAACCAGAAGAUGUUUCUAAUGUCUCUUCGGUGCCAUCUGUUUGGAGGAAUUUGAAGGAGUUAACAUUUCCAAAGAAUUUGUUGGACUCAUUGACGCCAAGUCCUGCAAGGAAGGCGUUCGAGAUAGUGGGGAGGGAUAAUACAUGUGAGCAUCCUGUGGAAGAUGUUUUGUUUCCCACAUCCAAUCAAAUGAAAUCUUCUCUUAAAAGAAGGAAUAGAGUAAUUGACUUUGAGGAUAGACAACAUAGAAAUGAAGUGGCUCCAGAGCUGAGGAGUCCAAAACUUCUGAAAGUGGGGUGUAAAGAUGUGGAAAUGCGUGGAUAUACUAGUGAAAAUUUUGGAGAAAGAUCUGUUGAAGCAUCAAAGCAUUGGACUGAUAUAUAUUCAAAAUUUUCACAUGAUGCAGAACGAUUGUUCACGCUUUCCAAGGAUAAGCUUAAUCUUUCAGUGAUUGAUUUGCUGGAAGGGUUUUUGUUUCAAUUGAAGAAGUUAAAGAUGUACGAGAUGGUUGGCACUGGAAUCUUUACUCAGAAAACAUCUGUUCGUCUUGACCAGCAAACUGAAAGAGCUGGUGGAACAAGAAUGUUAUUGCAUCAAAUCCUGCAUGAAAGGUCAAAACUACAGCUCAUGCGUGCUAAGCAGCAGAGGUUAUUGGGAAAGUUACAAAAAUUGAGCCAGGGAAAUCAGGAGUCUCAAAUGUUGAAACAAAAUUUUUUGUCCCAGUUGAGGAGAGGUGCCCAAGCUGACAUCCUUGGCCUUCAAAAUUUUGUUCAUGUGAAGCAGAGGGAUGAGGUGACAUGUGAAAAAGUGGCAGCAAUCAAGCAGGCUUUAGAAUCAUUGGAUAGAAAGAAAGCUAAGUUUACCAAAGCACUUCAGAGUUCUUGUAAGAUUAAGGGAGAACUUAGCUGUGUUGACAGUGUUAGUUUAGUUAAUGAUCAUUUGAUGAAGGAAUCACGUCAUAGGUUUAUUCGUCAAGACAUGCAGAUGUGGGUUGUUGAUGAUGUGCAGAGUAAGAGUGGGCAUCAUGAUAUUGCUCUCAACUACCUUGAUCUAAUCAUUCAGAGGGUGCAACUUACUGUUGGUACAGUGAAAAGCAUUGUCAUCUCCAAUAAAGUGGAUGAUGCAAAAAUUAGGAAGAUUUUCCCAAAUAUGGAUGCUUGCAAAGCGUUUUCAGUUGUCCUAAAUGCUGAGAGCACACGGAAGUAUUUUGGUUGUAGAAGUCUGGCACAAGAAAUACAAGUAACUAGUUCACUUCUUGGUAAUUUGGUGGAUGUGGUUCGGGAGCUGCAGAUGGCUCAGAUAGAACUUCGUAAUCUGACUGAUAUAUCAUUUCAUUGUCCAUUAGUUGGGCAGCUGAAUUUGCAUCUUUCUUUCUUCAGUUUUAAGAGUGGAAAGAAAGUUUCCUUGAUAUUUAACAUGUCUAGUUUGAAUCGGGGUGUAUACCCAUCAGAUAUCCUACCUUCACAGUUAACAGCAUUUAAAGGGAUGAAUAAUACAUCAGGUGAUCCUAUCAUAGGUGAAAUUAGAGAUGCUUUCAAAAGCCUUAGAGCUGGAUACAUGAGAAUUAUACGGCUAUGCCGGUGCAUUUCCCUGGUUGUUCAAGGCUGAAACAAGUGAAAUUCCUUUGAUGAGGAAAAAAUGUGAAGAAUUUAUUAGCUUGGCCGCAUGGGGAAUCCAAUGGGUUAGCAUCUCAACUGUAUAUUGCACCUAUAAGGUCAUUUGAGAUUAUACUGGACAAGGGCCAUACGUAUGCGAAGACUUGCCCAAAGAUAACAAUGGGACAAAGUGGCAGUUAAGGGAGCUUCAAUCCUUCCCAGAGUUCAGCCGGAGGAGAGAUCAAGACGUGUAAUUUUGCUUAUGCAGCUAAUUCUUUCGAAAAGCUGCAGAAAAGCUUAGGAUUUUUGUUUAUUUGCAUCAUGUUUGACUACAAUCUAUGAUGGUGAAGCGGCGAUUCCUUCUGAUUUGUUACCUUAUGUGCUAUUAUAGGGACUUUUUAAAGCUGUUUUAGUGUUAGUUUGUGGAUUAAUUCAGGGUGCAGUUGAAUGGAGUAGGAUGUAACUCGUAAGGUAUGCAUUUUUUGCUUUUGUCUCUACUCGCAAACAUACUUGGAUCUGCAAUCCAAACACCUUCCUGAGAUAGCACAAUUCACCUCGGUUUUGCGAUCCGAAAGUGUUUUCAUCGAAUGUUUUAUAGGUCGCUCAUGUAUUUACCAGAACGAAAUGACUGCAUGAAUGUAUCUCUUUGUUCUUAAUGAUAUAAACAUUUAAGACAUGUUUA